AUGGAUCAUCUCUUGAAAGAUUUAAAAAUCGGGGACAACGGUCAUAACCAACCGGCCGACCAUAAACCAGCCACAUCGACUGCUUCGACUCUCCCUCCCAAGCACGAAGGAUUGGCGGGGAAGAUAGGUAGUGCUCUCAUGGGAGAGUUGGGGAACCAUAAAUCGUCCUCGUCAUCUUCCCAACAACAUGAUUCUGGGUUGGCGGGAAAGAUCGGCAGCGCUCUCAUCUCAGAAUUGACCCAUCAGAAGUCAUCCACACCGUCUCCCCAGAAACAAGUGGGUCCGUCGAGUGCUAUAGCGUCUCCAGGUGCCAAUCAUGAAGGGUUGACGGGGAUAAUCGGUGGGGCUCUGAUCUCGGGAUUGACACAUCAAAAGCCAUCUUCGUCCUCGUCAUCUUCCCAGCAUGAUUCCGGGUUGGCGGGAAAGAUCGGCAGCGCUCUCAUCUCAGAAUUGACCCAUCAGAAGUCAUCCACACCGUCUUUCCAGAAACAAGAGGGUCCAUCGACCGCUAUAGCGUCUCCAGGUGCCAAUCAUGAAGGGUUGACGGGGAUAAUCGGUGGGGCUCUGAUCUCCGGAUUGACACAUCAAAAGCCAUCUUCAGCAACGCCAUCGAAACAAGAGGGAGUACUAGGCGCUUUUGCCACUUCAGGUGCUAAUCACGAAGGGUUGGCGGGAAAGAUUGGUGGGGCCCUCAUCGCAGGGUUGAGCGAUCAGAGCCAAACCUCACCGACGCCCCCAACACACCAUAGUUUCAUGGGCGCGCUCGGGGACGUACUGCAUCAGGAGCAACCGGAAAAGCAGAAAAGAAGUGACCAUGGGGAUUUGUUGGGGAAGAUAGGCAGCGCGAUCGGAGGGCAAAAGCAAGAGCCUCCCAAGUCGCAUGGUCUAGUGGACAACUUGUUAAGCUCUGCGCUCGGGGGAGGGGCAAAGAAAGAGGAUCCAUUAGAUAAAGGAGCACGUCCUGAAGAAGGGGUCCCAGAGUAA